CCUCCAUAAAUUUCAUCUGGAUCCCAUGCUCUGAAACUGUGAUUCAGCGUAUCCAAAAACUCUGCGCCGCCCAUGCUCUCAACGACAUCCACACACCCACACUCUAAAUGUUUGAUGCAUUUGUUAUAACACCAGUGACGGACUUACAUAGACGAAACGUCAGAUAAAGACAUUUUUCGACAUAAUGUGCUUUAUCAGAUGAUGCAUGUUUGCCUAGUGAUAUCAUUACAUGUGGAAAAAUUCACAUGCUCGAUAAAUAUUUACUGGCAACACUCCUUUUGAAACCCUCCAUAAAACAUCUGGAAAACAGAACGAAUUUUUUACCAACAAUAAAAGGUAAUUUCGUCGAACAAAGAAAGAUGGCUACAAUUAUUCCAUCUGCCGAGAAUUCUCAAGCACACAACUAUAAUGUGGAAAAUUUUGUUUUAAUGUGGGCCGAUGCUUCUGUGAAUAGCAUUAAAGAAAAUCUACAGGCACAAAAGAGUUUAACUCAAAUUCAUAAUCAAUUUAACACAUUUGAAUCUGUUGAUGAGUGUGAAAAUGCUAUUCAACAACUUCCCAAAACAAGUCGAGCUAUUAUUAUUGUCAGUGGAGGAUUCGAAACUAAAGUACCGGAUACGUUUCGAUACUCUUCGAAAUAUCUUGUUAUUGCGGGUGAACUUCAAUAUACCGAAAAAACGAUGAAAGAUAUUGCAACUGAAAUUGUUAAUCGAUUUAAAAGCGAUCCAAAUCAUGACUUCAAUGCACUUAUUUCUGAAACUGUAGAGCCAAUUAUGUAUUUAUUGAAACGUGAACAAAAUCUUGCAGAUUUUUCCGGUCAAUUCAAACGUUUACUUUCAAAAGAAAAAGAUAUUCCUUGUGUAAGUCAACGGUUUUUAAUUGACACUAUCAUGAUGAACUCCGAUCGAUUUCUCUGUCGACGUUUAACAUCUCUUCUCUGCAAACGUAAUUCUGUCCCAAUGAUUCAACCUCCUCUCGGUUCUACGAACAACGAAUAUCGUUCGAUAUCUAACAUCAUUCAUGUAUGGGAUUAUUAUCGACCCGUGUUACUCUCUUUCGGCAUUGGACAAUGUAAAGGAAAAACUUCAUUAAUAAAUACUCUGUUCGACAGUAACUUCGAACAGUCAAUGAAAGAUAGAUAUUUUUCUGCCACCGUCGAUGUUGAUUUCGGCUAUCAUUUCAUUGAACGACGUCCUAUAAAUAUUGCGGAUACUCAUGGGGAAAUUUCCAGUGAAAAUCUUGCUCAAAUAUCGAUGUUAUUCAAUGGUUUUCUCAUUCAUGUCGAUUCAAAAUAUUUAUGUUCAAAUCAAUGGAAUGUGAUCAAAUAUCUGAAAUUACUCUCUUCUCAAAGCUAUGUUCUACUACUUAUUCGUGAUGUUGACGGUGAAAAUGAUGAGAAAAUACAAUCGACCGUUGAAACUAUAUGUUCUGUUUGUUCUCAUUGUCAAAGUCAUUAUUUGCCAAAUGUUACCGACAAAACUACGGAAGAGAACAGAGAGAAAAUUGAUGAAGUACGUGAAAAGAUCUUUCGUGAUACAGCUCAACUUCAAUGUUUGGAUGAGAAAUCAAUUCAAGAACAUCUCAAAAGACUACUAAAUAACACUCAAAAAGAAAUCAUUGAACAAGACAUAGCUUUUAUUGAUUCUAUUCGAUCUAUUCUUAUCGAUGAUGCUGCCAAAAGCCCAGCAAAAUUGGCUUUACUUUUCGAAAUUCAAUUUAAAGAAAUUCCAAUAGCUAGUAUUUAUGGAACAUUAAUCAAUGUUCAAAGUAAAACCAACAAGAACCAACUCAUUCCACUUGAUUAUGAUUACAUUCUUGUUAUUGAUACGGAAGGUUUACUGUCUAUUCAGAAACAUGAUGAGCAAUACGAUAAACGGCUAAUUCUCUUCUGUUUAGCUGUAUCCCAUCUGGUGAUUGUUAAUGUUGAAAUUGAAAUAAAUGAAGCAGUGAGAAAGUUUUUUGUCCUUUGUACACAAGCUCUCAAAUAUCUUGGUGAGACGCGUGUUACACGACCAACAGUGCAUUUCGUUCUUAACAAACGGCCCAAUCCGGAUGAAGAAUAUUGUAAAACACUUCUUGAAUGUGUUCGUACAACUUUAAAAAAUAAUAAGUUAGACAAUGAAAUCAAUCUUCAGCCCGACAAUUUUCAUGUUUUAUCAACAGCAUUUAACCGAAAUCCGUUUGACAUUUUGAAUGGAAAAUGUGCAGCAUUCUCGACCGACAUAAGAUUUGUAACAAAUGUUCAAAAGCUUUGUAAAUUUCUCAUCGAUACUUCAUCUGAUAUUAUUCGACAAACUGGUGAUGAUUUCUGUGUACCGACAAGUUGGAUCGCAUUUGCGAAUAGAGUACUUCAAACAAUCAAAAAACAUCCUGAUCUAACACAUUUUCAAGAUGUCUUCGAACGUGAUCAAUACAACAAAAUACGAGACGAUAUUCGACGCGAUUUUGAUCAAUAUUUAUCUCCCACAGUCGCUCGUUAUCUAAUGGACAAAGAAAAACAGAACAGUACUGAUCAUAUCAAAGAUUCCUUCAAGAUUGAAUAUGAACGUAUUUUAAAAACUCUUGAAGACAGACUUCGAGAACAUUGUGGACAAUGUCAAGCAAGUGAGAAUAUUCAGGAACGAUCAUCGCGAUUUAUGCAAGUACAAUUAAUCAAUAUCUUUCGAUCAUGGGAAGUUUCAGCUAGAAUGGCAUCCGAGCGAUACAAAAUCGAUCAAAUAGUCAAUGAUAUCGAGAACAAACUUCGAGCAAAAGCAAUCAGUGUCACUCAUAAAAAUUAUCUCAUGAAUAAACAAUCGGCAACAGAGAUGUUUGAUGAAGAAUUAAAAGAUAUAUUCAUCCAAAUAAAAGACAAAUUCAAAUCUGAAAUGGUAUGGAAACAAUCGAUUGACAUGGUUUCUCAUCUGUGUGAUGUACUCGACAAAGAUGUAUUGCCAACCGGAAAUAAUAUACUCGUCUAUUUACCUUUUCUCAAGACUCUGGAUAAUGGUUCAACAGAUCAGUCGAUCUCAAUGGAUGAUUGUCUAUCAGAAAUUCGUGCCAAAUUUAUAUCUGAAGCUUCGAGUUUAGAUCCAUUAACUUCACAUCUGAUCAAUAUGUCUUCAUUGAUCUCCCGCAAUGAAAUAAAACAAUCGCACAAGUUUCUCAACAAUGAUGAAUUAUCAAGAAUAUAUUUUGUCAUGUAUCCGGAUGGCAAAAAGACAAGAGAAUCAGUCAGAAAAGGUGCACGUCAACUAUAUUCUCAGCUUUUCAACGACAAUUGGAAAACUAUUGUUCAAAUAUCGAAAUGUUUCGAAGUCUUACUGGCUGACAUAAAAGAAAUUUUAACUUCAACAAAUAAUGAUGAGCCUUCGACUGAAAUAACACUUGUACAAAAAAUUUUAGGAGCAGUGAACAAACUCACACAAGAUUUUAACAAUGAAUUAAACAUAUUUAAUUUCUGUUUAUCUAAACAAUUUCGUAGUACUUUGUACAUUUGCGCUGUCAUAUCAACAGCUUUAUAUUAUUACAAUCGACAAAAAACUCAUUUUCUUCAUGUUAUCAGAUGUGCAUCUGAAAACAAGUCAAAAUUGAUCGAACGAUUUCUUCCUUGGGUUGUUCUAAUUGAAAAUGAUGAUGAAAAUGUAGCCAUUAAUUGUAUCAAUGAACUUUCUCAAGUGUUGUGUCAAUUAUUUGAACCACAAAUCAAAGAAAUUAUCGAAAAGCAUAUUAACAACGAAAUGAUAAAAACGUUGAAUCGAUGUUCUAUUAUCAAAGAACUCGAUGAUGAAGUCUAUCAUGCUACCGAUGAUUGGCUUAAACGUUAUGUUCUUUAUCCUAUUGAUUUGAUCGUCGAACGAUUUAACGAAAAAUGGACGAGAGUCAAAGCAACAGUAGAUGAAAAGCUUAACAUGAUCGUGAAUUUAGUUUCGAUGAGAUUACGUGAAAUUUUUCAGUUAAUAAAAACUGUCAAUACAAUUUCGCAAGAACUAGGAGCACAUUCUCUUUCGUUCGUCGACAGUUUAUUCCAAUUAAAAGGCGAACAAAGGACUGAUCAUGUAAACGAUAAGCAAUUUUGCAUGGCCAAACUCUUCUAUCUCUAUCUUGUUGGUGAAGAUAUCCCAAGAGAAAUCUAUACUAGAAAUGGUUCAAUCUACACAGUUGAUUCUAGAUGGCAAAUAAUCAUUGAUAAUUUUCCAAAACCAAGUGCAAAAAUCAAGCAGGUUUUUCGUUUGCUUCAAAACGCAUUUGAAAUGUCUACAAUCAGUUAUCUUGGUUUUUUUCUCGAUAAAAUUCUCACUCGACAGAAUGAAAUUGAAUUAGCAGUGUCAAAUCAAAUGACUUCAUUUAUUCAAAAGACAUAUCUAAUCAUUAAAGAACAAUUAAGCAAUCGAAUGCGAGGUUGUCAAGCUCAAUGUCCUUGUUGCAAGCGUAUUUGUGAUGUUGAUCAUCAUUUAAACAUUACUUCUCCGAUUGGACAAGAAGAAAACAGACAUCGCUGCCAAUUCGGUCAUCAAAUUCGUGGUAUGGGUGGUAUACGUUAUGAAAUUACUGAUGAAGCUUCAACAUCAUGGUGUGAGAUCAUCAAAGACAAUGAUCCAAUAACUACUAGUAAAAAUAUUCGACAGACAUGGAAGAAUUUUAAGAGUGCCAAUGCUGAUUGGGAUUUUGGCGAUGAUCUCAGAGUUCGAGAAACAUUGGCAACAUCGUAUCCCUAUAUUUGGGAAAAAAUUGGUAAACAGUUAUGUGACCACUUCGGUAAUGGAAUGAAAUUUGUCAAACAAAAUACUCCACCAGUGGUGAAUCACUUCAUCUUUGUACUUGAUCAUUCUGGUUCAAUGAAUGAAAGAAGUAAUAUAUUGACGCGACUGAUGACUCUGACUGCCAUAGCGAACAAUUCUAAUGAAACAAAUCUCAGUCCAUGGGAACAUUUGCGUCGAGCUAUCAAAGGAUUUAUUGAUAUUCGUAUUAAGCAAGUAUCCCUGAACGAUGAAAUCACGAUGAUUCUAUUCGCUAGCCGAGCAGAACGAAUUUACAAUCGAGAAAGACUGACUAACAUCGACUUCAAUCGAAUCAACACAUCGAUGAAGGUUUGUGGUGAUGACACGAAUUUUUCUGUUGCAUUUCAGAUGGUCAUCAAAACACUUGAAGAAGUCAAUAACGAUUCAGAACGAAAUAAGUUGCGGCAAACAAUUAUUUUCAUGACUGAUGGGGAACCUGAAAGAUAUCCGACUACAGAGUUACAACAGUUACGUGAUUACAGGACAGGUUCGUAA